UCAUUCCUCAAAGAAGAGGGUAGAAAGAAGCACAGAUACCUAACAAAACAAAGGAACAAAUCGAUAGAGGCGGGGAAAAAGCAGCAGAGAUAGUUGCUCCUACUCAAAUGGCUGAUCACACUGAGGCCAUUCAUCCACCACACGAUCUGAAUGCCAAAUGGGAUGCUUGCCUUGAUCUUUCUAUCCGUCGCUCCCUCCACUCUUCGUUAGUCGGUGCUUUGGGUGGUCUCCUCUUUUUCAGGAGUCCUGUGACUCGCUGGGCAUCAGUAGCUUUUGGAGCUGGAGUGGGAAUUGGAUCUGCGUACACAGAAUGUUCUUAUCUUUUCAAUGGAUCAUCUGCCAAGCCUGCGUCACCUAAGACCUCAGAGAUUCCUGCUCAGCACGUAUCUAUUCAGGAAAUGGAUCAGGAACAGAAGUAGCUUUUUGUUUCCACAUGUUGCAGCAGUCGGAGUAGUUAGAGAGGUACUGGUGGCUGAUGAAGCUGGGUUUUCUCAGAGAUUAUUGUUGGGAAAUAGAUUUACCCAAUUUUGUACGAUGUAGUUCUCCCAUGAUUUCAUAAGCGAAAGCCGAACAUCAUUGAUGCAACUUUGAUUCACAAUCAUUAUUACCCUUUGUUUUCCCCUCCUGUGAACUCCUGCUGUGUCAUGUCUGGCAGAAAAUAAAUUGCUUUUUGCAAAGUUUUCUUUUUUAUCUUUUUUUUUUUUUUUAAAGAGCAUUUCCUAAUUUUCAGGAGUUUCUCAGGAAUGUUCAUGCUGUUGCAAUAAAUCAUUUUGUCGAGUA